AUGGAGUGUCUUGUUGCGGGCAGACAGUCUCUCCAGAGGACAAGAAUUUGUACUAGAUCAUAUCAGUAUCGAUUUGUACCUACCAUCUCUUCAUAUCGUCAAUAUGCCUUGAUUCCGACACCCCGGCGCAUGCGCGCCUAUGACCCGUCUACCUCCGCACGUGAUAACGAUGGUUCCUUGCUCGAAGCUGCAUCAUUCUCGCAGGCUCAGCCAUUGUCAGGCUUCUAUUCGUUGCUUUUGGCCUCUCCUUUGCCAAAAAGUGCCCGUAUAACGACAGAACAAUCGAGACCCGCUACGACCGAGGACCAACCAACCUCGGCGCAAGCAACUGCAUCUAAGCCUAUGACCCCUCAAGAAAAGAUGGCCAUUGUCUUUGGCAGUCCCCUUACAGGGCCAGGCCGCCAAUCUCGAUACAAUCCCGGCGAGACACCGCCAGAAUCAACAUGGAGAACGAUUAAUGGCGUACCUAUCCCGCCUCGCCCCGAGGAACCAGACAACUGCUGCAUGAGCGGCUGUGUGCAUUGCGUCUGGGACGACUUCCGCGACGAAAUGGAAGAGUGGGCUGGUAGGAUCGCCAAGGCCAAGGCCAAGGGUGGACCUGAGAAAGGCACCCCAGAUAUGCGUACUGAGCCCCGAGCCGAGGUCGACUCGGCCAGUCAUAGUAUGGACGAUGAUGGCGGCGGCAGUGAGACCAAUUGGGCUGUACCAAACCAAGAGGAUGAUCUCUUUGCCAGUAUUCCGGUUGGCAUUCGAGAGUUUAUGAAGACGGAGAAAAAGUUACGGGUGAAGCACGAAAAGGAAGCUUCGGCUUGA